AUGCCUGGACACAUCAGAUCAGUGUCUUUUGUGUGGGUGGUGUUGGUGUGUCUGCUGUUGUGCAGCAGACUGACCAGCGUUGGUUCAGCACCCCUCUGUACCAACGGCCAGGCUGGGUGCCACGUGCUCUCCCUGGCCAACCUGUUUGACCGGGUCAUCCAACACUCAGCCAGGAUGCAUGGCAUUUCAAAUGACCUGCACUCCGAGUUUGAGCAGUACUUCCUGCCCAGUAAGAAUCAAAUCGGCAGGGUCGGUCGCAACUGUCACACCUCCACCAUCUUCACCCCAAAUGGCAAGGAGAACGCUCAGAGAAUGGCGAGAGAGGAGCUGAUGCAGGUGAUCCUGCAGCUCCUGGUGGCCUGGAGGGACCCUCUGUGGCAUUUCCAUCAGAGCAUGGCUCAGCACGACUUCAACAACUUCAGCUCCAACAAAGCUCUGGAGAUGAGCGACAUGGUGCACGAGCUGCGCAAAGGUGUGGAGAAAGUGGCUGAGAAGAUGCAGCUGCUGGGGAUGAUUAGUAACACUGUGAGCAGCCUGGCUUCUCCAGAGGAUCUGUUGCCAGCCGACAGCACCGAGUGGCGCCUGAUGAAAGACUACGACCUCCUCUACUGCUUCCGCCGAGACUCAAACAAGGUCCAGAACUACCUGAAGAUCCUCAAGUGUCGCAUCGCCCCUGAGCACGGAUGCUGAAGUCCAGAAAACGAUGCAGGCUGCGUUUAACUCCGGAAAUACCAACGCAUGGCAACGGAAAUACUCGGGUCAGAGACUACGCCGACGAUGCUGUGGUUUCUAUGUGUGUUUUCUAUCUACAGGAAUGUUAACUGAUAUUAUGAGUGAAGAACCCAAAGACUCUACCCAUCCCCCACCUUCAUGCCUGAUAUAAUAGAGUGUGGACAAACAUGAGUAUGAACAAGGAUGGAAUGAGUGUAACACGUUAUCAUAGACCUCUCUAUAUCACAUAAAAUAUAAUACAGUAUCAAACAUUUCAAGGAACAUGGAUGCAAUGUUUUUGUUUUUGUCAUAUCUGCAGAGGUGAUCGUCUGAAGUUCUGCUAGUAAAGGAUUUUCACACAGUACUUGCUUAUGUACCAUGUACAUUGAAAGUUGCUGCUUGGUUGCGGUGCAGUCGUGUUGAGGGCCAUCAGCACCAAGAACGAUAUAUAGAACCUAACUCAAGUGGAUGGCGGAGUCCACACUACAACUGUAACAACAACGAAAGUGGCCAACGGUAUUAUCUGGGUCACUCCCAGAGUGAUUUCAUGAACGAUAGAAAUACUAACAGCAGAUCAGAAUCUGUCACGUCGUGCAUAAUAUCCC